AGCACGAACUCCAUUGAUGGACUGUUUCAGAGGACUGGAGGAGGUACAUUCAUUUGUUCCUGGAGAAGCUCACUGAUCCUGAGAAGGAAAUCUGUGGCUCUGGAGGAAGCAUGUCCUGCAGGAGUGUGUGCUGUAACCGCUGGUCGUCUGAAGAGAGGUUAGAUGGGAAAACAGUCAUCAUCACCGGAGCUAACACUGGUAUUGGCAAAGAGACCGCCAGGGACCUGGCAAGAAGAGGUGCACGUAUCAUUAUGGCGUGCAGAGACCUGGAGCGAGCAGAGGAGGCACGGACAGAUAUUUUAGAAGACACAGGAAAUGAGAAUCUGUUCAUCAGGAAACUGGAUCUAUCUGACACCAAGUCCAUCCGAGCGUUUGCUGAUCUCAUCAACAGAGAGGAGAAACAAGUGAACAUCCUGAUAAACAAUGCAGGCAUCAUGAUGUGUCCCUAUUCACAGACAACUGAUGGGUUUGAAAUGCAGUUUGGGGUUAACCACUUGGGUCACGUCCUGUUGACUUACCUGCUGCUGGAUCUCAUCAAGCGCUCAGCUCCUGCCCGUAUUGUUGUUGUGGCGUCAGUGGCCCACACCUGGACCGGGCUCCAAUUGGACGACAUCAACAGCGAGAGGAGUUACGACACCAUGAAGGCCUACGGACAGAGCAAGCUGGCCAAUGUCAUGUUUGCACGCUCACUCGCCAAACUGUUGGAAGGUACAGGUGUGAGCGUGUUCUCUCUGCACCCCGGGGUGGUUCAGUCUGACCUGUGGAGGCACCAGCAUCAGUGCAUCCAGGUGGCGGUGAAAAUCUUCAAGGUUUUCACUAAGACAACAGUGGAGGGAGCACAGACCACCAUCUACUGCGCUGUGGAGCCAGGUCUGGAAAGCCUGAGCGGAGGGUACUUCAGUGACUGUGCUCCUGCGACGUGUUCAAGGACUGCCUCUGAUGACGACUUGGCCCUGAAACUGUGGGACAUCAGCAGCAACAUGCUGGGCAUCACCUGGCAAUGAAACGUGUCAAACCACCUGUGAAGUCAAGGACGGGCAUUUAGUAUGUUACUGUAAAAAUGUAUUUUAGUACUCAAAGAGCAGAACAGUCCACUCCAAAAGUAUCUGGAGCCUUACCAAGAGCUGCUUAAUUUUAUAAAACAUCACAAAUGAAUCCAAUGAUUUAAAGUUAUCCUAUUUACCAAACAAGUACACAGUGUUUUACUCGUAUGUCAAACUGUUUGUGAGCAAUAUCAAUGAUUUUGUACUUCUGGUGUCUUUUUAUUGCGCUUUUACAUACAUAUAUAUAUAUGGGCAUUCUUUGUUCUUUUUGAGUGCAGAUGCUGUGCAGUCUUUUGAACCUGUGGAGCAUUAGCCAGAAUAAUUGUGCCUUAAAUGGAAUGACCUGAUUUGUUAAUACCCCCUCUUAAUGUGGAAACUCUUAGUAAGCGAGUUCUAGUGUUGCUAGAGUAUGCACAAUGAUGGAGACAAUUCAGCCCUUUUUUUAAAGUGACUGUUCUAUAUAUUCAAAGUAUACAGCAUUUACUUAAAGCAGGAACUGAAGGUAUCAGAAUGUACUUUUAUUAAUAAGUAAAACUUGAGACAUUCCUUAACGUGUAAUUUUUUUUUGUUUGAGCUUCCUCAUAGAAAAUAAUGUAUGCAUUUAUCCUCUGCUAUGUAGUUAAACUUACGUAUUACUGUGAUAUCAGUGCAUUUUGAUUGUCAUUUUAAUGUGCCUACAAUAUGCCAGCAUGUUGAGACUCCAGAAAAGCUUCUACAUUUGGGAGAUGUUAAUGUGACAACAUGUAAAUAAUGUAAAAUAAACGUAUUAGACUGGCAAAUAUGCUGAGAAAGUCUUGUGCAUUUACAAAGA